GUGAAAGCGGCUGACGCGCAGCGGAGCGCGGAGUAAUCGCGCGUUCGCCGGUGCGCGUGGCAAUUGCGCGAGUGCGCACGCGCUACCACGUACCACUGUUGUGACUGACAUUUCGCCAACGGGACGCUUGUGCGGCUUGUGCUCCGCUUCGGUUGCCCUGUUCUCCAGCCAACUUCAGUGCCUUUCGUGCAGCGUGCCGUCUCUCUUUCUCUUUCUCCAUCUCUGUCUCUCUCGCCCUCUCUCGUUCGGUGCGUGCGUGCGCGUUCGUGUGUACGAGCGUGUGCGUUCUGUCGUUGGUCGCGUUUACAAUUUUCGCUGCGAUGUCGUCUGGCAGCUGGGAACUGGUCAGCAGGAAGAAGGACAGGGGCAAUGACAAGUCGAACAAGCUCACGAAGGCCGAGAAGAAAAAGUUCAUCGAGAAUGCACCGAAAGUCGAGGAUUUCUUGCCAUUGAGCCAAGUAAAGACACUAUAUGACAAUUUGGAUGGAAACAAGGAGAACAAAAAGCCUACCAAGGCACAAGGAAAAGAGCACAAAACAAAAGAGAAUGAGGAGAAGAAAAAACAACAGCAAAAACAGCAGCAGCAUGUUGAAAAAAAGAAACAGGAGCCAAAGGAGAAACCUCCAAAAACUAUUAAGGAUGCAUUGGAUGCGAUUAAUACAGAAGAGCUCAAUGAAAUCUUGGCUACCGCGCAAGUCAGAUUUCCUGAGGCUCCCUUAUUUUGGUUGAAGGAACUUGAUGCCUUCCUCAAUAUCAAAAUACCCAUAAGCAAAGAAGAUACAAUAUUCUCAGGAAACCCCAAGGAUUACCCGUUAAGUUUAGUACCUAAGGCAAUCUCUUCUAUAUUAGAGCGAGCGGUGGAGAUGACGGGCCAACAGACCAUACAAAUUUUUUACGAGAACACUCUCACGGCGAUGGCCACCGACAUGGUCAAAGGAAUCCCUGUCAUUGGUCACAAAAUAUUUUUGCAGCUGCUAGCGCAUUUGAAUCCCGAAAUGACCGCCGCUAACAUUUCCAAGCUAAUUACUAUAAGGAACUCGUAUGAAAAUAGGAAGAAUGUUGGUUUGUCUCUGUUAUGGGCCUGGUCACAGGCCGGUCAGAAGAAUCUGGCUGUCGGCUUGAAGAUUUGGCAUGAGUUAAUGUCACCGAUGCUCGAGACGAAGGGCUACGCCAGUUACGUCGUUCAAAUCCUCAACGAUCUCGUCUUCGGGCACGACAACGUCCAUGAUCUCAGUCUGGAUCUGUACCUGAGUAUCAUCAUGGAUACCUAUUCUCAAAAGUUUCAAAACAUUCAACCCGCAAAUCUGGGAAAAGACCUUAGCGCGAGUAUCGACAAGUUGAGGUCAAUACUGUUUAGAAACAAGGACAUUUGUUACACAAAAUUGUUUGAAAUGUUAAUGGGAAAAGUAUCGCAGAAAUCAGAUCCGAAUUAUAGGCACGAACUGAUUAAGGUCCUCGCGGACUGUCUCCUCACGGAACCUCUUUGCUUCACUACCUGGAGUUCCAUUUAUACCAAGCAUUUAUAUCAAUCCAGUCUUCUUUUGUCGUAUAUCGACACGAAUUUACCUACUUUACAAACGAAGUUCAAAACUAAGCAUUUCAAAGAAACCCUCGGAACUAUCCAAAACAAUAGUGAAAAGUGGAAGAAGGCCAAAGACGAAAAUCUAGCGCUUGCAUGCAAAAAAACGUCUCAGACACUACUGAAGAAAAUGACAUCCUCCCGUCGCGGCUUUCCAUGGAGAUCUGCCAGUCUCUUUUUGCUGCUGCUGAUCGGUGCUAUUGUAGCGUACGACACACAGAAGCAUGGCUCCUUUGAAGCGUCCCAAGUUGGAAAGUUCUUGAAAACUAGUGGAAUAUUGAAACAUGUAGAAAAGGCAUGGACUACUCUAAAGUUCUAUUGGUCUGCAGGACACAAAGCAAUUAAGGAUAGCUCACCGGAAUAUUACAAAGCCGUUGUAGACUUGUGUACACCAUACAUUAAAUUAGCUGGCGAUUUUGGCUUGUGGACAAGAAAUUAUUCAAUUAAAAUGUACAAAAAUAUCGCAAUAUAUGUCGAAACAAAUGUACCUAUACUUCUGAAUACAAUUGAACAUUAUGCUCCAGGAAUCUUAGAGCAAAUUAAAUCUCGAAGUCUUCAAGGACUGGAGUUUGUGAAAGUUUCUUUCAUUUUCCUUGGAGAGAAAGUUGUUGAACAUUCCACCGCGUCGAUACAAUGGCUGGAGAAGAACGUCUUCGUGGGCAAGCUUAGCCCGGAUAAUCUCCGUAAUUACGCCAUAUGGGCUUUUGACACGACGCAAUCGUACGCCGCCCAGACGUACGACUGGGUGUACGAGAAAGUACAGACUCUUUCCAAAGUGCCAUGAAUAAAAUUCAAUGGUUUGUUGUCUGAAUAAUCAUUGCGUCGAUGACGAAAAUCUUCACGCCUCUCCACAUGCAACUCAGCAUUUAUUAUUUAUGACACGGAAGCAUUACAUAUAUAUAUACAUGUUUUUGAAGAUCACGAAUGCGUCGGCCAUUUUACCUGUGAUAUCUCGAAGAGAAAAUCUAUAUCUUACUUUUUGGUUGGUCCUGACGAAGAAAACUUUGCGAUCUUCUAAAUAAACUAAAACAAUUGUGGACAUUUUUUAUUAAGAUAAACAUUUUUUUGUCA